AUCAUCUGUGUCGCGGCGUGUCAUACGCCUGCAGGUGUGCUGACUUGCUUACGGGGCCCCGCUGUGUCGGGUUGCGCCUUAGUUGUUCUACAGGGGUCGAAUGUGCGGCUCCUCCGGUAUGCGUAGAUUCGUGGCCGAAUGUGCGGUCUUACGCGCCCCCAGUGAGUAACUUAUUUAUCUUAUGCUAGAUUUGUAUAAGUGAUUAAAAGGGCGGUAGCCUAUAGUCCUAGGGAAAAAAUAAAUAUAUCUAAGGGCUCUACCGGGCGAGAAACAGGGACACAGGACUUGAUUGAUUGAUACCGGAGACGUCUUCACGACCACAAGGUAAAAGUCCGCACGUGGAAGCGAUAGCGUGAACAUAAGAGAGCAUGACAAGGCGGGCAUUUUGUGUUUGUCUAGAUGAGCCUCUGCUCUGGCUCUAGUCAUCAGUCUAAAGAAGGGAGUAGGGAAGGGGACUGAGAUUACGGAACAUCUUCAGUUGUAUUCGAGGUGGUAUGAGCCCCUUCAGAGUUUUCAGUACAGAAAUACAGAAUCCCUCAGUGCUGCUGUAAUGAUACGGCUCUCUAGCUUUGAAGUGAGUAAGUCAGCGCUGAACCGUUCAGGAACAGUAAGCAGUGUCUUUAUUACGGAACUUUGUCGAUAAAAAAUAAAAGAGCCGCUUUGUUAUUUUUCUACUUUUCUAGUCGUUAAUUGGUAAUUGUCUCUAUUGAGUUGGUCGCUCUGCGGCAGAUUCAGUCUUUCUCGUUUACUCAGUUUCUCACGUACUCAGUUGUUCCAAGUAGAAGCUGUCCUUCCUUUAUUUAAAUUUUUGACUUUGUGUUUACUGAUUCGUCUUGCAAUACAAGUGGUGAUAAGUAUUAGUCUUGCUUCUAGGUAGUGCCUACAGUCCCUUCAAUCUAUAGCUUUUAUUGUGUGACAUUGGAAAAGGUUCCUUGACUUGUGCUGUUCGAAAAAGUACCCAUAUAAUUUCGGUCGUUCCAGAUGUGUCCUAAAGUGAAGCCUUGUGCUUAAGUGUUGAAAGUGGUGGGAUGGUGCUGGGACUUAAAGUCCAAAAAAUAUGAUGGUCUUAAAUCUAAAUUCCAAUGAAAAAGUAAAAGGCUCCAACAUGAGAAUGAAGAACUUCAACAUGAGAAUGAAGAACUUCAAUCCCGGAAUAAGAUGAAUUUAGGAUCACUUCCGUUCUUCCCUGGUCCAUUUGUUUACCUACUACUGCUACAUGGAUGGUGGAGGAUCACGUGAGUAUUUAAUAUCAUGCCUCUGAUUGUAUUACUUUGGUCUUGAUGGUUGGUGGUGGGAUAAAUGAGUAGAUAUAGCAUUACUUUUAUAUCAGAAAUCAUGCUUUCUCUCCUUGUAAGUGUGUUACUCUCCUCUCCUGUGGAUGGUGGUGGAUGUUGAUCGCUGUUUUAUUUGUAAAUUUCCUUAUGGUUUUGACUACUUACUCAUGUAAAAACCUAUGGCUGGUGGUGGGCAUUAUGGAUUUCGCUAUGUGGUCUACAGUUGGUUGGUGGUGGCUAUAUAUGUGAAUAAGGACUUACCACUUUCUUACUUGACUUGUGUUUCCCGAUUAUUUCCUGACUGUCCUUUCCCUGUGUAUAAAGUUAACGUUUUUAUUUGUUCUUUCCCUGUGUACAAUGCUAAAGAUUUUAUUUGUGUAUAAAGUUAACGUUUUAUUUGUUCUUUCCCUGUGUAUAAAGUUAAAGAUCUUAUUUCUUCUCCUUCUUUCCACCUGUGUAUAAAGUUAAUGUUUUUUCAUAUAGUGCUGGACACCUGCGUGCACUUCUCGAAAACUCCUCCAUGGUUUUCAUGUGAUGACGAUAACCAUGCAAACUCCCUUAGGCAGCAGAGGAUUGAAGCUACUUUUGUCCACACGAGGUGUAAAAGAUAAGGGACCUUUUUUCGGCUUUCUGGUCGUUGAUUGUGUGACAUUGAGCUGUGUACUUUUCUUUCAGUUAUUUGUGCUUAUCCUUCCUGAGCUUCCGCCCUGCUGGGUGUCUGUUUUAAAUAUUAGCUUUCUUUCUUCUUGCCGUUACCUAGUGGCCUCAGCUAUCUAAGUAAUUGUGGUUCACUUACUGCUGUGACUAACUUGAGUAGGUAGUUGGCUGGUUGGCUUGUAUCCUAAGGUGGAGUUAGCCUGGUAGUCCGGUAGCAGUUUGUGGUAGGUGGUAGGUGGUUGCUAAGAAAGUUCUUCAAGUUGUUUUUUCUGUGUGGUGAGUCCUUCAUGCUGACUCCCUCCUCUCUGUUGAAUGCGAAACGUACUGUGCCCCUUUUGGUGGCCAGAAAACUUUUUUUCUGAAAUCUCCAAAUCCAAAUCCCCCGGUAUGUAAGUUUUUAAGUGGGGUUUUUUUAAGUAGUUGAAUGGGAGGCAGCAUGUAGUCCUAUGGAAAAAAAAAGACCGAGGUCUGGGGCGAGAGACGGGGACAUCCUGAACUUGAGCCUGGACUUGCUCCGGCUUUAGUCAUCAGCGUAACCGCGUGGCAAGUCUAAGCUAUACUUAGCUUUAUGAUGUCUGGUAGAGAAUGGCCAGCGCCAGAGAGAUGAGGCGUAAGUGUUUAAGCUGGUGUUCUCCCGGAUCAUCUCGCGAUUUAUGCGUGUGGCCGAGGCAAACACACAUAAAUGCCUCUCGUCCUCGUCCUCGCUCUAUUUUUACAUACGACUAGAAGUUGUGACCUUAGAUGAGAACAAGUCGCAACAUAAUUAGAGAUACUUCUGAUACUUUUACUUACUACAACUUACAUGAUGAUCGAUCAUGUAGGAGCAAGAUGUUCAAGAUGUUCCUCACUCUCGCAGAAAGACGGCUCACUUUAGAGGUAGAUCAUAGAAGAUGCCGCACUUGAGCAAGUACCUGUAGAUCGAUGUAAGUGGCUAUUCUACUAGAAAGAUUCCUAUUAAGACAGAACAAAGGCCCUAAUAUUACGAAAGAACCUUCAGCAGCGAAGGCGAAAGUGUCGAGGGAAGAGGAAAGAAGAAUAACACCUGAAGAAACAAACUGCAUCUAAAUAAAUUAACACAUCCACCAGUGGGAGGUAGAAUUAUAUGGGAGACAGGUUAUAGUUCGUUAAGUUCAAGUUCAUUUUCAGGGUGAGUUUAACUUCCUAUAUCAGACAAGACGAAAUAGGCGUCUUGAUUAGUCAGAAUUAGCCCACAAUAAGAAAAUAUAUGGCCUCCAGUGUUGUUCGUUUUCUACUUGAAAAAUUAGAAAGCUGAGCUUGUUUUUUCUUAUUUUUAGGUUUUUUGUGGGUUAUUUCGGAUUAUCUGGCGACUAUUUUUCUCCGUAUGAUAUCGGGGCGCUCCUCAGCCACUAGUUAAGAAGGCUCCUAGGAAUGGGGAUUAUUAUGUUCUUUUUUUUACUUGAUACAGAACGAAGAUUGUACAAGUAGGCUCAUUAGUAGUUUAAUAGUUGAAUCGUCGCUGUUUGUAUAUACUCAUGGACUUAUUUUUUGUCUCGGAACAAGAAAGUCGGAACUAGAAUGAAUUAUCACUACUCAAUGUCAAUGCAUUCAAAGACGUAGUUUUACGCACAACCCAACUAAAGGCGACUCAACAAGUAAUAGGACACGUAGUUACUGAGCUUGACUGAGGUAGACAUCAACUACAGUGAAAAUUUCUUUCACGAGGUAGACGUCAACUACAGUGAGAACUUUCAUCCAUAGCACGAACUCAGUCAACUACUACACUCAGGCUCGCAGUUCUGUCUCUUUGUGGGCAAUCUUCCUCUAUUCUGAAUAAAGUCGUCGUGGGCAUUUUGUUCACGUCGUUCGAAUCACUAUUACUUGACUUGUUAGGAGGACUCAGUCGCAGCAGUAGCGCUCACUUGUGAAGCACUGCGUAGUAUCUAUUUGUGACUGUUGCUACCGGCUUUGUUACUAUGUGAGAAUUGUUGUAGACCCAGGUAAGAAAAAAAGCCUUUGUUGGUGGCAGUAUGAAUGAAUGGAAUUCCCUGUUGAAGGAAUCAUAGAUAGGCCAUCAUCUCCUGGCUUAAUUUGAAAAUCAACUAUACCUCGAGGCGGUAGGGUCGCGCGCGAGCACAAUAAUAAUGAUAACCUCGCGAUGGGGACGCCCAUACUACUGCUACUAUACUACGUACUACUACUGCUACGAUCAGUUGAAUCAUAAAAGUCACUUCUUCGAUGGGUGAGGAACUAGAUCAUCAGACAGACACUACUUGCACCACCUCGCGCUAGGCUCAUUCACUCACUCACUUUUUUCUUAAAAAGAAGAACUACAACGGUGCAAACAUAUAAUUAAGUAAUGGUUUUCGUAAAAACUACAACGGUGAGUAACGAGUGAGUAGCUGCUACUUGAUCUCAGUGUAGUUGUUAGAACGUACCUAAGCCGUGUUGCUACAAGGUAAGACACAUUUUACCAUCGGACAAGGACAAAGAUUAUGGUAGGACUUAGAUGCUGAGUAAGAGGUGGACUACUUAUUAUCUCCGCGACGUCAGUCGGACGAGAUAAAGAACAAGGACGGAACAAGGACGAGGCUAGAUGCAAAAGGAAGUCGCGUGUGGUGGUUCUUCCUAACCCAUGGAGUGGGUACAUUCGUUCAUUCAUUGACUCAUUCAGAUUCACAAAGAUUUUCCCUAUGCAUCGGUGCCCCUUACAUAUUCACAAAGAUUUCCCCACAAGAUUUUGCGACGUUGGUGCACCUGGCAUCUUAACUCCAUCAAGACCUUGAACUUGAACAUAUCAUCAACGACCGCUAGAGCUCACUUCUCGGGAUUCCCAACAUUGCUGGCGAGUCGUAGAUUUUUUGGGCUGUGCCGUUUCUACAUAUUCUAAACGUGUGUCGACAUAGACAUGAUUGCAAACAAGCUCCGCAUACGACUUCGUAUCAUACGGACAUAAAGCACAACAGAACGGCCACUCUUGAUAUAAAAACUGGAGCUGUUUUACUAUUUCUAGUACACGAUCCGAGGCCAAAGGCGCUAAUAACCAGACGCUAUCUACUACAACCUAAAGCGAAAAAGCAGGUAAUGAGGCUACUAGCGGCAUCUUCAUAGUCGUGAGUGCUUACUUCUCCGUAGGCGAGCUCACUCCUAUCGUAUCCUGUACUUUGUACUUACCCCUCGAUUGGGUACACUACUACUACUGCUACCUCAUGAAUGGGCACACUACUACUGCUACUACUAUAUUUUGGCAUAAAAGUCGCCCCCGCUCCUGGAAUAUAUGUUGUGUACCUUCGGCGCAGUAUCAUGUAGUACAUUUUCAUGCUCAUGAGGUAAGGCGUAGCUAGUGGUCGAGGAUUUGUAAUGUAGCACUUCUUUUCCAAUCUGUUGGUGUCACUCAUAUUUUCCCGUCGUUAGCGAGUACGAGUAGAUUCAUCCUGUUCCCGUUUUUGGUUUUUCACGGAGUGGGCACGGCACGUGCAUUAAAGAAGAACUUUUGGCGCUUUCUUGCAGGCUGCAUGAGG